AAAUGCGUAUAAAUUAUGGGCCGAAUGAAGAGAAAACCGAAUAAACCCAAUGCAGUCAGUUUAUUCAAUUCGAUUACCUCUGUUGCUCCUCUAUAUAUUUCCCUCCCAAGUCCCAUCCUAAAACCCCAGCGUCUCUUUCCAACAGUUUCUUCAUUCGCUGUUUCUCAGUAAUGGCUGAUUAUACGAUGGAAUCCGAUUCGCACGUUUGUUCUAAGCGUAGAACAACUUCUGGCUCUGAACAACAAGAAACUUCUCUUCCCCCUCACCUUUCCCCUUCUCUCUAUGAAUCCACCGCCGACCACCGGGAUUCGGGCCUUCAAGAUUGCCAAGAAGUAACAGCUAUGGAUCAUAGCAGUCCAAAGAAGAAACCCAAGUGCUUUUCCCUUCUUUCUCAGGAAAACCAAGAAAUGGGUCUUCAUUCUUUCGCUCCAAAGGAUGUCUCUCUUUCUGGGUUUUUCGAGAAAGAAAAGGUGGAUGAUGUGGAAAACAAAGAGGGUUCUUUUGGAGUUCAAGAAGUUGAUAACCAAGUCAACACCAUUGAAGCUAAUAACAAGGAACAUCUCGGGACCGGUUUGGAAUUUGAGGAGAAAAGGGUGGCCAAAGGAAAAGCUUUGGAAUCUGAAAAUGUCUUGGAAGCUGAAAAGAAACGACUUUUGACUGAGCUUGAAGUUGGAAACAUCUUUGGUUUUGCAACGAACUCGUCCAAGAUUGAUGAUGGAAACGGCGUUGGUGGUACCAAAGGUCUUGACUUUCCUGUUAAAGGAUCUUUAAAGAUUGAAGUCAUCGAUGAUACGGCUUUGAUUGGAUCAUUUCCACUCCCCAGAACUGGAAAUGGAAGUGUAAAAGAUGAGAAGAAGAAGAAGGGGGAACAUGAAAUUGAUGGUAAGAAAGGUAAAAGAUCAAGAAGAAAGGGAAAGAAUGUAAAAGAGGUCUUAGGGGAAUCAGUCACUAUGAGACAUAUGGAAUCAACCAAAAUUUUUGAAGUUCAAAAGGGUAAGACAGAAAGCAAAACUCAAAAUAAGAUAAUGUACUCAAGAGAAGAGUUAGAGGCUUUGAGGUUUGCCAAGGUUGGGGAACAAAGGAGUUUUUGGAGGGAUGUAUAUAAUAGUCUUGGUAAAGAUGUGAUCAGAGAGUAUGAGGACUUGGGAAGCUGGAAGCAUCAGAAGAACACCGGUUCAGGUUCGGGUUCGAGCUCUGACACGCGUCAUCGCUUUGGAAAGAAGGCAGAGUCUCCUGCAAUUAUAAGGGAUUAUUCUGAAAAUGUGGGUAAUGAACUAGAAUACAUGGAGGAUAAUGAGAUGGAAAAUAUAUAUCCUUUCAGUUUUUCUCCUACUCGUGAUGUUGAAGUUGAUUCCUUUGUUGACGCGGAAGAAGAAUGUAUUGAAGAUGAUGACAGUGACGAAGAUUACACCAGCAUUCUUAGGCCUGCUUUCGUGGUAGAAGGGGAACCUGACUUCGAGUCUGGUCCUCCGGAGGAUGGAUUAGAAUAUCUUAGGCGUGUCAGGUGGGAAACUGCUCAAAUUCCAAAAGUAAAGAUCGCCAAGCCUGACAGGACUAUAUUGAACAAGGAACAAAGUGUUUAUAUGCCUCAGAUUCCUGAAAUUGCUAAGUGCCCGGAACAUAUAUUGCCAUUGAAACAUUGGGAGGAUGCAUUUCUUGCAGAUUUUUCAGAGCUGCGACUGGCCCUGUUACAAAUGGAGGAUCCCAAUACUAAGAUUUCUUGUAAGCUACCAAAAUUAUCUGUUCGAGAGGAUGAUUUGUUUCAGUUGCCGGCCAGUGGCGUUAUCGAGAAAUUGAACAGUCAUGCAACCGGUGAAGUCCGUUCUGACCAGGUACCUUUGUUGAAUGCUGCCGACAACAAGAUUUCCUCGUCUCACAACAAUUCAUGUCCUAAAACCUCUAUCAGCGAUGCUUGUGGUGACUACCCGACCUUGUCCACAAUCCAAAAGAUGGACUCAGUAGCUCGAGUUUUGAUGCUUAGGAAAUGGAUAAGUUCGGUUGAGAACAUGAGCUCACUAUCGAGGAGCAGCUGUGUGUGGCUAUUUGCUUUAUGUGCAGCAAUCGACACGCCUUUGGAUGCGGAUACUUGUGCAUCUCUUCGUAGUCUGCUCCGGAAGUGUGCUAACUUGAGAGCUGGGAAGUGUGAGGUCGAUGAUGAAGUUAUUAUGCUAAACAUUUUGGCCACAAUUUCAGGAAGAUAUUUCGGUCAGUCAGAAACCUGAAGGGUUUGCUUGAUAUUUAUGAAACAUUUCAUUUUAACAUAUGAGGAAAAACUUAUUUAAUAUAUCAGGAUUUUAAUAACAUCAGUCACAAAUUGUUCAUUGUUCAGUAGACGAGGAAAAAUUACAUGUUUUGUUACUACUGGUUAACUACAGUUUUUUCUGUUUGUACAUGGUAGGGAUGAUACCGGUUCAGUCUGUUUUUUUUUUUUUUUUGGAAAUUUUAAACUAUCAUAAUUUGAGUUUUAGAUGAGAGUGAUUGUAAUCGCAUGUUAGAAGAGAAUCUUAAGUCUGGUUUGGUU